AUGGAAUGUGACACCAAUUUUCCAUGUGAUAUUGAGGAAUUAGUUGAUCCAAAGAACAACUUUGGAGGUUCUGUUGAUGACUUCACCAAGUCACAAGCAUUUUGUACUGUUCGCUUGAAACAAAGGCCGAAGAAGGUCAAGUUGGCAAAGCAGAGUUUGAACUAUAAUUGCUCCUUGCUUGAGCACCUGUCAACUCCUAAAAUUGAGGGAAAUUCAGCCAACUUUAAGUCCAAUUAUGUCCCAAGUUAUUCUGAAGACAAGUCUUCUCAAGAGAGAGACUUUGGAGAAGUAAGUUCUGUGCCUGGUACAGAGAAGAUCUUUGUCAAGACAUGGGGCUGCACACAUAACAAUUCUGACAGUGAAUACAUGGCUGGCCUGCUUUCUUCCUAUGGGAAUGAGAUCAAGAAGGGUAAGGAGCUGGGGAAGAUGAUUGUCAUUGCUGGAUGUGUCUCUCAGGCAGCUCCAAGAUCUUCUUUCUUGAAAGGACUCAGUAUCAUUGGAGUCCAGCAGAUUGAUAGAGUUGUUGAAGUUGUUGAGCAAACUCUCAGAGGAAAUUCAGUUCGGUUGUUAGGAUCCAGAAGAGAAAAUGGAAGGAGGCUAGGAGGUGCUGCUCUUUCCCUCCCAAAGAUUCGCAAGAAUCCCCUGAUUGAAAUUAUUCCCAUCAAUACUGGUUGCUUGAAUCAAUGCACCUAUUGCAAGACAAAGCAUUCAAGGGGAGACUUGGGAAGCUACAGCAUAGAAGAGAUUGUGAUCCGAGCCAAAGAAGCAAUCAGUGAAGGUGUGGUUGAGAUUUGGCUCACAUCAGAAGAUACAGGAGCCUAUGGAAGAGACAUUGGCACUACUCUCCCAGAUCUCUUACAAGAAUUGCUUAAAGUCAUCCCAGGCCAUUGCAUGCUUCGCAUUGGGAUGACAAAUCCACCCUACAUUUUGGAUCAUCUAGAGGCAAUGGCUGAAAUCCUGAAUGCACCCCAGGUGUACUCCUUUCUCCACAUCCCAGUCCAGUCAGGGAGUGAUGCUGUUCUCCUUGACAUGAAGAGAGAAUAUUCCAUUGCAGAAUUUGAACAUGUGGUUGACUAUCUGAAAGAGAAGGUCCCGGGAAUUACAAUUGCCACAGAUGUGAUAUGUGGCUUCCCGACAGAGACUCCUGAGGACUUCACAUGCACCAUGGCAUUAUGCCACAAAUAUUGCUUCAGUUCUCUCUUCAUCAAUCAAUUCUAUCCUCGACCUGGGACACCUGCUGCUCGCAUGCCCCGCAUUCCAACUCAAGAGGUGAAACAAAGGAGCCGUGAACUGAGUGAAUUCUUCCAGUCAUAUCAUCCAUACAAAGACCGUGAGGGUGCUGUGUACAGAGUCCUCAUCACUGAUGUGGCACAUGAUAAGAUGCAUCUAGUGGGCCAUAAUAAAUUCUAUGAGCAGGUCCUGGUGCUUAAAGAAGAUGCUCUCAUGGGACAAAUGGUGGAUGUGGAGAUAGUCAGCACAGGAAAGCAUUACAUGAUGGGAAUUGGGAAGAUAGAGUAUCAACCAAGUGCAGGGCCUGCUGAGACUUUGUGCUUCAAGCAUUACAAUGCAAAGGAGAUUAUCCUGGGCAAGACAAUGGAAGAAUGGCUUCGUUUUUCAGUUGUCUAUUGGCAUAGCUUCAGGGGAACAGGAACUGAUCCUUUUGGGGGUCCUACAAUCAAGAGAUCUUGGGAAGAGGGAUCUGAUGCACUGGAGAUAGCCAGAAAUCGACUGAGAGCUGCUUUUGAGUUCUUUACAAAGCUUGGGAACAAAUACUAUGCUUUUCAUGAUCGAGACAUUGCCCCUGAAGGAGAAACUUUGGAAGAGACUAAUAAGUAUCUUGAUGAAGUAACAGACGUGGCUUUGGAACUCCAAAAGCAGACAGGGGUAAAGCUUCUUUGGGCAACAUGCAAUCUCUUCUCGCAUCCAUGGUACAUGAAUGGGGCUGCCACUAAUCCAGAUGCUCAUGUUGUGGCUUUUGCUGGAGCACAAGUGAAGAAAGGUUUGGAAAUUGCUCAUAAACUAGGAGCAGAAAAUUUUGUGUUCUGGGGAGGUCGUGAAGGCUAUCAAUCACUUCUAAACACAAACCUACGCACUGAGUUGGACCAUUAUGCCAGCUUUCUCAAAAUGGCUGCAAACUUCAAGAAGAAGAUUGGUUUCACUGGGCAGCUCCUUAUAGAGCCAAAACCAAAAGAACCCACAAAACACCAGUAUGAUUAUGAUGCAAUGACAGUUAUGGGCUUCUUGAAGACUUAUGGCCUGGAAGGAGAUUUCAAGCUGAAUGUGGAACCCAAUCACACAACCCUUGCUGGCCAUGGAUAUGAACAUGAUAUUGCAGUAGCUGCCAGUUACAAGAUGUUGGGGUCAAUAGAUGCCAACACAGGGAGUCCAGACUUGGGCUGGGAUACAGACCAAUUCCCAAUGGAUAUCAAGAAUGCCACUCUAAUUAUGAAGAUCAUUCUGGAACAAGGUGGCCUUAGCCCAGGUGGGCUGAAUUUUGAUGCUAAAGUGCGAAGAGAAUCAGUGGAACCAAAGGAUCUCUUCAUUGCUCACAUUGGGGCUAUGGAUGCUUUGGCACGAGGCUUGAAAAAUGCUGCAAAGAUAGUGCAAGAUGGAAUACUGAGUCAGCAUUUGAAGGAAAGAUACAACUCCUUCACAAAUACCAUAGGUCAGAAAAUUGAGAAAGAUGAAGCUACUCUUGAAGAUUGUGAGGCCUUCAUUGCUUCCAAGGGGAAUCCAAGCCUCAUAUCAGGACAACAAGAACAUCUUGAAGCCAUUCUGAACCAUUAUAUCUGAAAUACCCAUUUUGAAUUCCACUCAAAGUUCCUAAUCUCUCUCACACCCUUUCAUGAGUUUUGCACAUAUAAAAAUGAUCACAC